AUGAAUGAAUUUUUGUUGGCUGAUUUCACAAAGGAGGAAGUCAAACAAGCGUUGGAUCAAAUGGCUCCUUCCAAAACUCCUGGAUCGGAUGGGUUUACGGCGGGAGUUUAUCAAAAACAUUGGAACACGGUGGGUCCCGAGGCAUUGAGUGCAAUGCUUUCCCAUGCAGAGUGUACGGGAGUCAUUACAGGGGUUCCAACGUCGAAGAAAGGGCCUCGGCUAAGUCACCUUUUCUUUGCCAAUGAUAGCGUGCUCUUUUGCAAGGCUAACUCGGUGGAGUGGAGACGACUUACUAAGAUCUUGGAUAAAUAUAAGAUAGCUUCCGGUCAUAAAUUAAACAAGGACAAGACUUCGAUAUUUUUCUCACGCAAUACAGAUGGGGCCAAAAGGGAGGAGAUUACUCGGUUGUCGGGGUUGCAAGCAACAGAUAAAUAUGAAAAAUACCUGGGACUUCCAACUUUGAUAGGGAGAUCGAGGUACAAAGCUUUCAAGGGUAUCAAGGAAAAAGUGUGGAAAAGACUCAACGAUUGGAAGGUUAACUUCGUAUCACAAGUUGGAAAGGAAAUUUUGAACAAGGCGGUGGUUCAAGCAAUUCUGACAUACGGUAUGAGUGUGUUCUCACUUCCCAUAUCAUUGUGCAAAGAAUCAAAUAGUCUUAUGCAAAGAUUUUGGUGGGGACACAAGGACAAUACUUCCAAGAUUCAUUGGAUGAGUUGGGAGAAAAUGGGUGUCUCGAAAGCAAAGGGGGGCAUUGGGUUUAGAGAUUUGACAAUAUUUAAUCAAGCACUUUUGGCGAAACAACUAUGGCGAAUAUAUAAUGCAAAAUCCUGA